UUGGCUAUAGACUUGAUCCAACUUUGCAUCUGUUUUAUUCUAGUUGUACUGGGGGACGCACAAACUGAUGUAAAGACAGUGAGAGGAAUAGAGGGACAGACUGUAACUCUAAACACAGGAUUAACUGGACUACAGAAGCAUAUGAUUUAUUGGACUUAUGAUCCCGCUGGAUCAGAAACAAUAAUUGCUACCCUGAAUGUUAGAAGAAAUAGACCUGAAUACAAUGAGAGACUGCACCUGGAUGCCCAGUCUGGAUCACUGACAAUCAAAAGUCUUACAACCAACGACCAUGGACUAUAUGAGAUGGAAGUAAUUAGGUUACAGCCCUUGACCCAGACUUUCCAUCUAAUAAUCUAUGCUCCAGUAUCUGUCCCUAAUAUCAGAUGCAUCACACAGAGUCGCUCAGUGGACAGACUAUUAACAAAAGAGAGUUUUUCACUGGUGUGCUCUGUGAAAAAUGGGAGAGAUGUGAUCCUGUCUUGGUACAGAGGAGAGGAUAUAAUCAACCAGACCAGCAGCCGUGAUCCCAACAUAACCCUGUAUUUACCCCUUGAGGUAAAAGAGGGGAACGAGACCUACCGCUGUGUUGCUAACAAUCCUGUCAGUAAGCAGACAACCAAACUCCGCAUUGAGGACCACUGUCAGCAACAUACAGGUUAUAUACACAGUUACUUCCUGUCUGGAGUCCUGAUAGUAGUUGCCUUCAUGACAGUCAUUGGGCUACUAGUUUGGAUAUACUGGAAAGAGAGUACAUUAAAACAUCAAGAGUCUACUGGUGUAAUCUAUGCAGAUGUCCUACCAGCACAGAAAAUGUCUACAUCACGAUCGGGAGGAAAUUAAACUGUGGAUCCCUCAGUUCACUCAGUUCAGUAUGAAGAAACAAUCUACUCAGAUCUACGUGUUUGUUUACACAAUGAUAAUUAUAGCCACAGUUUAUUUAUAAAAAUAAUUUUUAGUUCCUUAACAUUUCAUUUUGUACAGUUGA